GGGAUCCCGAGAACUGCGAUCAGGACUUGCAGGCUGCGUCCACAACAGCUGUCAGUAACUAAGUCUCCGCCGUCAGUUGAAGCUUGUUUCCGCUCCGUCGAGCUUGUUCUGCCCACCCAGUUCGUUGAAAGGCAGGAGCAUCCACUGCACACUGUUCCAUCACGAUGAACAAUGACAGAGUUAAUGUGGCGUUCGCCGGUCGCACGACUUCACUCAGGUUUUUGCACAAAUUCCAAUCCGAAACAGCAUUCCCACUUUCACUCUCUAACGUGCACUGGCACCAGCAUAAUGUCGGUCAAGCACAAUAAACAAGCUGUGCGCACACCAAUGAAGCCUGGAGCAUGGUUUCGAGUGGCAGUAGCAACUACCUUAGUCAGACAGGUCUCCGCGGAAUUCGGAGGCUCGCUAACAAGCGGGUACUACAAGGAAGGAACGGUGCAUGCAGCAAACCAGGUACAAGAGUCAACGUCGACGGGCGAUUAUUUUUCACCAUUCGCCACCGAUGCACCGUCCGAAGCGCUCUUCCAACGCAAGGACGGACUCGCUGCGCUUGCUCCUAUCAUCAACGUUGACUCCGACCUUCUCACCAAACCGAUACCCACCAACAAAUGGUGGGGGAAUCUCAUCCAUACUACCACAGAAGACAUUGACACCGUCGCAAACCCCGCGUGGUCCAACCCGUACGCGCUCAAGCUACCCAAGGAAGCACCGUUCGGAAUACAAGCAUGCUACUCGUACACUUACCGUCAAAUGGCUGGUGAGGAGAAUGGCGUCGUCAGAUACUACCUGCACGAGUUCCACAACGACGUGACACUGUCGGCGAAUGAAUUUGGGUCGACGAAACCGGACUACGAGGUGUACUCAUUCAGUGAACUGGGUGUUUCCGUUCGGACGUGUGUGUCUGGCAGCACAGACUGCAUGGACUCGGCGCUGGUGCACGGUAUGGCGUUCGUGUCAGCAACUUACGCCGGUUUGACGCCCCGUAUCGAGUCCGAAUACGCCAUGACGCUAAAAGAUAGCUCGACGCCAGGCAAGUACGUGGUGCAGCUUGCGAAUCAGCAGACGUGGGUGGUAUUUGCGAGUGACACGAGCGCUUCGUUCCACAUUACGGGAUCGGCUUUGGUGAGCAAUGCGGUUUACACAGGGACGGUUCGGGUGGCGGUUCUACCCGAGACUGGUGAUGAGGGGGUGUAUGACGACUACGCGUCGUGUGUUGUCCGUGGUGGCGACGUGUCGGUGCAGUCCCGAACAAGUUACUCGCUGGAUUGGGAGACUGAGGGCAGUAGUUGUGAUAGUACGGGCCUGUUGCAUUUCGCGCUACCGCAUCAAGUGGAAGUUAUGAAUGGGGCGACAACGACUCAGAGCAAGGGUGCCAUCGUACUGCACUCGAGCACUCGUGGUGAUAUGGUGGCUCAAGUGACGACAUCUGGGAGCUGGUUGUUGACAGAGGAUGAAGCGGAUGAGGAAGUGGACUUCUAUCCGUCAAAUAAACCGUCAGCCGAUGUGGUUUCUCAGGUUAACCUUCUGCCCACGCUACAGAGCGACAUCAAUAGUGACUGGAGCUUGGACACUGGUAGCUGGUACUACAACGGCAAGGCGUACCAGAAAUAUGCCUCGCUGUGCUUGAUGGCUGCCGAUAGCUCUGUUGUUGGCGAUGAUACCACAUUGUUGAGAACUUGUUUAUCCAAACUGGAGGCGCUAGUCGGGCCUUUCGUGAAUAACACCAUGAGCGUGCCGCUGGUGUAUGAAACAUCAUACAAAGGUAUCGUGACGAGCCAGAUUUUCACCGCCAACGACGUCAAUGUGGAGUUCGGCAACGGAGUUUACAAUGACCACCACUAUCAUUAUGGCUACUGGGUGACGGCGUCCGCCAUUCUGAAGAAACUGGAUCCGUCGUGGCCGGGUAUGGCGCAAUUAGAGACAAUGGUAUGGACACUGCUCCGUGACGUUGUCAACCCGAGCUCAGACGACCAGUAUUUCCCUAAGUUUCGCCAUUUCUCGUGGUAUUUGGGUCAUUCGUACUCGCACGGUGUGACCCCGAUGGCUGAUGGUAAGGACGAGGAGAGCACGUCGGAGGACGUGAACUUCUUCUAUGGCAUGAAACUAUGGGGUCAGGUAUCAGGUAACAAGGCUGUAGAAGAUCUGGGCAGUCUCAUGCUGCGCCUUAACGCUCGAACUGUGCGGACCUACUUCCUUAUGACAUCGGACAACACGAUCCACCCACCUCAAUUCGUGCCCAACCACGUCACGGGCAUCUUCUUCGACAACAAGGCAGACUACGCAACGUGGUUCGGCCCCGAGAAAUACUGUAUCCACGGCAUUCAAAUGAUCCCGGUGUCACCUAUCAACGGUUUGGCUCGUACGGUGACGUUCGUCAAGGAAGAAUGGGAUGAUAUUCUGUCAAAAGAAGCGAUCGUCACGGGCGGCGACACUACCAACGCGUGGUUAUCGCUGUUGCUUGUGAACCAGGCUGUCAUCAACCAAGCUGAUGCGUUGACGAAGUUGGCAACGGCAACCAUGGAUGACGGUCUCACCCGUUCGUGGGCUUUGUACAACGCAGCAUCUCGUGGAGGGUUCGCUUCAGGUGGCAGCUCGACGAAGGUGGUGACGGUGGCACCGAGUACAACCACGGCGGCUCCUACGGUCACUACUGCGACUCCGAGCACCGCAACUGCGGUUCCUUCCGUCACUACAACUACCCCUCCCGCAGCUACACCGACGACAGCUACACCGACGGUCACUGCUGCUCCUUCCACUAGUGCCACGAAGGCUCCAGUUGCUACGACAUCAGCACCUGAGGUCGCAACGAUGCCUCCCACCACCCAGAAUGAUAUUACAGAUACGCCUGCUACUCCAGCCCCAUCAGCGACAGCGCCAAGUAGCACAAUCUCCACCCCGGCAUCGACACUUCCGCCUAGUCCAGCUAAAGCGGCACCAGACUCGAGUACCGGCAGUCAUUACCCCGGUUGGACGUCUAUCCCGCCUGGUUGGACAUCCAUUCCCCCUGGUUGGACAUCGAUCCCGCCUGGUUGGACGUCCAUUCCGCCCGGCUGGACAUCGUAUACUCCAGGUGUGGUCGUACCUGAAGGUGCCGUGACCGAUGCUCCUACUGUCGCGUCAGCACCCACCGACGCUACUCAGUCCGUGACGCAAAGCUGAACACAAACCAUCCGCAAGUUGCUUGCCAUCAACACGGAUAAACCGUGCGAUAUACGUUCAUGCGUAGAAUAAAUUUGUGAAGUUCGAGAUAAAUAGUAUUACGGAUACUUAGAUUCCA